CUCUCUCUCUCUCUCUCUCUCUCUCUCUCUCUCUCUUAGUUAUAUUUUCAGUCAUCCAUGUCUUCCCUACAGCGAUCCAUCUCUGAAAAAUAUAUGCCUGAAGAGCUUCUAAUUGCUAGGGUCACACAGAUCCAUACCAGUCUUAGUAAAUUAGAAUCCCUGAGGCCAUCGAAGCUGGUUAAUACCCUCUUCACUCAGCUAGUGAAUUUGUGUAAACUUCCAUCUUCAAUUGACAUCAACAACUUACAAGAAGAAGUACAACAAAUGAGGCAAAGUCUUAUAAAUCUUUGUGGACAUGCAGAAGGCCUCCUCGAGCUUGAAUUCGCCACUAUUCUUGUCAACAUACCACAACCUCUACAGCAUCUUAAUCUCUUCCCUUACUAUGAAAACUAUGUUAAAUUGGCUAUCUUAGAGUACAACAUUCUAGUAGAGAAUGGGGUAAUAGAACCCAAGAAGGUUGCCUUUGUUGGGUCUGGUCCAAUGCCUCUAACUUCCAUUAUAAUGGCUACCCAUCACAUGAAAUUCACACAGUUCAACAAUAUCGAUAUCGAUGAAUCGGCGAAUGAUGUUGCUCGAUGUAUUGUUGCUUCAGAUGUGGAGUUAGGGAAGAGGAUGAAGUUUGAGACAAGGGAUAUAAUGGAGGUGAAGGAGGAGCUAGGGGAAUAUGAUUGCAUCUUCUUGGCAGCUCUUGUAGGGAUGAACAAGGAAGAAAAGGUAAAGAUUCUUGGGCAGAUGAGAAGGUAUAUGAAGGGUGGAGGGUUUUUGGUUGUGAGAAGUGCAAAUGGGGCAAGAGGGUUCUUAUACCCUGUAGUUGAUGAGAAUGACUUGCUUGGUUUUGAGGUGCUUUCCAUCUUUCACCCUACUAAUGAUGUUAUCAACUCAAUUGUUCUUGCUCGCAAACCCAUCUUCUGAACAGGAAAGAGUUUGUGUUGUCACAUUAAGUUGACUCACUUCUAUCGGCUGGGGUUUCCUUGUUUCAACCUCUCAUCAAAGGCUUUCUUUUUCACUUUUUUCAUUUUUCACUUUUCUUUUUUCUUUUUUCUUUUUUUCUUUUUCUUGUUUUGUUUCAUGUGGUGGGAAGGGGUGUUGUGUGAUGAUUGUGGUGUUACUUUCUAGCCAUUUUGUCAUUGUGAAAGAAAGUUAUGUUUGUAUUACUUGUUUAUCAA